GGGGAGCCGAGCUCGUGAAGGCGGCGAUGCGCCAAUGGGAGGCCGCCCCCGGGCGCUCAACGGCCUGAACGGCCGCGCGGGCGGGGCUGCGUGGGGCUCCGCAUGGGCCGGGAGUCGCCACCGGGUGCGCUCCGAGAGCCGGGAGCUCCGCGGCCGCGGAGGUAGCGCCCGGGCGGCAGGAUGAAGGGGUACGUGGACCAGCAGGUGCCGUUCACUUUCCCCCAGCCGCCGCCGGGCCAUGCGGGCUCCGGGUGCCGGACUCCGACGGGCGCUGCGAAGAGCCCCAUGGAGCCGGGCUUGCUGCCGGCGCAGGAUUCGGAAGACCUCUUCCAGGACUUGAGCCAGUUCCAGGAGACUUGGCUGACAGAAGCUCAGGUUCCAGACAGCGAUGAGCAAUUUGUGCCUGACUUCCAUUCAGAAAACCUAGCUUUUCAUAGUCCUCCUGCAAAGAUUAAAAAGGAACCACAGAGUCCCUCCUCGGACCCCACGCUGUCCUGCAACCACAAGCAGCCAUUCCAGUACCGCAAUGGAGAGCAGUGCCUUUAUGCCAGUGCCUAUGAUCAACCCAGACCGGUUGGGAUCAAAUCCCCUGACCCAGGAACCCCAAUCCAGUCACCGCUCCAGCAGUUCCCCAGACAGGACAGGAACUUCCUGACCCCUUCAGGGCCACCCCACCCCACAUCCAGCUGUGGAUACCUCAUUGAAAACAGCUCUGCCUACCAGCCACCUGUGGAGAUGUGCCACUCCUUCCCCUCCUCCCAGGGCAUGGCCCAGGAUGCUCCCAUCGCCUACCAGCGCCCCAUGUCUGAGCAAUGCCUUCAGUUCCCCCCGCAGGGCUUCAAGCAGGAGUUCCAUGACCCACAGUAUGAGCAGGCGGGCAGCAGCUGCCAGUACCCAGCAGCCGUGGUCAUCAAGCAGGAGCAGGUGGACUACAUGUAUGACUCAGGCUGCAGCUAUGACAAGCAGAUGAGGCCCUUUGCUGACGAUGUCUGCGUUGUUCCAGAAAAAUUUGAAGCAGGUGACAUCAAGCAGGAGGUCGGAGGGUACCGGGAGGGCCCUCCCUAUCAGCGGAGGGGAUCUCUCCAGCUCUGGCAGUUCCUUGUGGCUCUAUUGGAUGAUCCCACCAACUCCCACUUCAUUGCCUGGACUGGAAGAGGGAUGGAGUUCAAGCUGAUUGAGCCAGAAGAGGUAGCCAGGCUGUGGGGCAUCCAGAAGAACCGGCCAGCCAUGAACUACGACAAGCUGAGCCGCUCUCUUCGCUACUAUUAUGAGAAAGGCAUCAUGCAGAAGGUGGCAGGGGAACGCUACGUCUACAAGUUUGUGUGUGAGCCCGAGGCUCUGUUCUCUCUGGCCUUCCCUGACAACCAGCGGCCGGCCCUGAAGGCAGAGCUGGAGAGGCAGAUCAGCGAGGAGGACACGGUGCCUCUGUCCCACCUGGAUGAGAGCACUGCUUACCUGCCUGACCUUGGGAGCCUCCCCCCGCAGCUCUAUGGCAAAGGCUACACCUACUAGAGCUGCUGGAGCCGUGUGCCACCCUGAUCGUGUAUAUAAGGAGAUGUCUGGUUAGUAACCAAGCUGUAUAGGUGUUUUCCCAGGCCAGCCUGGGGCUGCACAGAGCUAUGAUACCUGCUGUGGGCAGGAGAAGGGUUCAGGUCAAUGUGUGGUUGGAUAACCAGCAGGGGGUCAAUGGGGCUGCUGGGUGCUGGUGGUGCCAACCCCAUAUCUGGCAGGAUGGGACCACUCCUCAGUGUGAAGUCAUCACCUGAGCAGGGCAGCUGUGGCUUCCCAGCAUCACAGGUGGUCGCUGCCUCCAGCAGGAGCCCACCUACAGCAUUCCUCCCCCCUUGGCAGAUGUGAUGCCAUCCUGCUUGGCUUCUUCUCACAGCUGGGGAUGCUACAGCUGCUGCUGGCUGCCUUCCUCCAGUGCUGACCCCCUGGGUAUAUUGCCCUCAGCCGGGGCAGCCCAGACCUGUGCAGAUUCACCUCCUCAGGGCCAACCUUCUCUUCUGCCCAGGAGAGCUGUGCCAUGUGGCUGCAAACCAAAUGCCUUCCCCUGAAUUGCUCUGUUGGCACUGAGAAGUGCCUGUCCCGUACGUGCAUGCUCCUGCAUUGCCACCUCCUUGCCUGCAGCACCUCAUGCCAGGGCUGCCACAUGUUCUUGAGCUGGGCAGCUGAAGGUGUGGGCCAGGGUGAGAGCACUCCCACUGUGCAUGGCCCUAAAACCAGCACAGGGCAAGCACAGAGCUUCCAGAUGUGCUGUGCUGGGUAUGAGGGGAGUCAAAUCAAUGUCAUAGCCUCUACCACCAGGCCAUAUGUGUGGCAUGGCUGUUCCAGCCUAGACAAGGGCUAGAACCAUCUCUAGGAUCUUUGGAGGCUCAGGGACUUGGCUAGAAAAUCACCUGAGGUGUGAAAAGAACCUGGGGGGGGGGAGGCAUUAUGAAUACACUCUAAAAAGUAACUUAAAUCGGAGCUCUUAACAUCUGAAUUCAGACCCAACCUCUGCAUGCGUUUACCUCUUUGAAGGAAAGUCUGAAGUGUUGGAAAGGCAGAUAUCUCUGCAGCCUGAAGCAGCACUUUAACUGUUUUUCCCCAGUAGUGAACAUUUACAGUGGGCACCACAUCCCCGGGGAGAGGUGCUGUGCUUCUUAAUUAGCUGCUCCAGCCCAGCGCCCAUUGGGGUGAGGAGCUGCGUGGUGAAUCUGUACCAAAACAGCCUCUUUCCUCCUUGACUGAAAGACCCAUUCCGUCUGUGCUUCUGCCCUGCAGGGCUGGCAGCAGCCCCUCCUGGGGGGCUCAGGAGCAGCCCCCUCUGCUGCUGCCUUCUCAUGCUCAGCCCUGGGCUUCCAGCCCUGCUGCCUCAUCCCACUCUACCGCGUGCCUCCACUGCCCCAAAGUGAUGGAGAAGGGGAACCCUGCUGUUGGUAUAAUCUGCCUUUACUAUUUAUGAGUGUAAAAAAAAUACUAUAAUUAAUAAAUUGGUCUAUGUCUUUG